AUGGUUUACGAGUAUUGGACGGCUAAGAAGAUCGAUAACUCGGUCCCGGCCGACCUGAGCAAGCUCAAAGGCAGGAGUGUGAUCGUCACAGGGGUAGGUAGCAGUGGCCUUGGAGCUGGCUACGUUCAAGGCUUUCUGGAUGCUGGAGCAUAUGUGACAAAUCUAGAUCUAAAUCCCAACAAGGACCAAGAAGGAAAGUCAAACUACCAAUUCUACCGUGCCGACGCCACAAAUUGGAGUCAACAGUUGAAAGGAUUCAAAGCGGCAGCAGACAAUUCUCCCAGCAAGUCUAUUGAUAUUGUCGUUGCAAACGCCGGAAUCGCGAUCUAUGACGAUCUAUUCCAACUUGACGACGCGGAUGAGCCCGCCAAGCCCGAGCUCAAGGUCCUUCAUGUGAAUAUAAUUGGUGUUUCCUACACGGUGAAGCUCGCUAGGCACUACUUCAACAAGGAAGAUGCGUCCCGUGAUAAAGUUCUAAUUCUCAAAGCGAGUCUUGCUGGCUACCUUGACCUUCCUGGGGCAACGCAGUAUAAUGCCUACAAGUUCGGCGUCCGUGGUUUUUUGUGCAAUCUCCGCAAAUCGGACCUGUCGCGAGUGAACUUGCUGGCACCCUGGUUCAUUCCAACCCCCAUUAUUCCGGACACCGUGAAGCCACUUAUGGAGGCAAAUUUGAAGCGACUGGGUUCAGAAUUUGCCCAUGUUGAGGAUGCGGUCAAAGCAUGCCUUCGACUAGCCGCCCUGCCGCCGAUGAUAGCGUGA